AUGGCGGACUCCGACAACGCUUCUGGUGGUCCACACGGCGGCGGAUCUAGCGCUCACGACAGCGAGAUGUCUACGAGCGAGAAAGAGUUCAUCAGCUUCGUCACCAGUGAAGCCUCCGACAAGUGCCAACGCGAGAAGCGAAAGACAAUCAACGGCGACGAUUUUCCAUGGGCGAUGACAACGGUUUUGGUUGUUGGUGGUCGGGGGUGUGUAACGGUUUCCAGGUGGGUUCACCGGCGGAUGUUUGAUGUUGACGGUGGAUUUUGGUCGUUGAUGGUUCGUGAAGGUGAAGGAGGUUGGUGCGGCGUUGGGGUUGUUGAGAGUGAGAGCGGGGGAAGAGAGAUUUGUGUGAGUAUUAGAAGGAGAGAAAGUGCCAGCUGGCCUUUCAUUCCCGUUGGAGGUGUUAAUGAUAUUAGCUGGAAAUGA